GGUAUUAAGGAUUUUCAUAGCAGCCUUACUAAACAUUUAGGCAGUAAUCUUGGAGAUCUUUCUGAAGGUUUAGAUAUGCAAAAAGGUUCCAAAAGAAGGCGCAUGUGCUUGGAUUUCCUGGAAACUAUUGAUCAGACAGGUGAAUUAACUGAUAAACAGCAACCUUUUGAUACAGUGAAAAAUGAACGAAACUUACGAGCAGAGUUGAUGACUCAAAGUAUGGAUGAAAGCAGAUACUUGGAGUAUAGUAAUGCUCGACGAACAUCUUUCACCUAUCGAACUGGACAUGUCAACAAAAUUCAAAAAUGGCUUCAGUCAUGUGGAAUGUUCCCAGAACUUCCCAAAGUGAAUCCAUUGCUAUACCAAAUACUAGCAUACUUAGCAUAUGAAACAGUUGCACAAAUUGUGGAUUUGUCACUUCUUGUAAGACAAGAUGGAGCUGCCAAACCUGGUGAUGCUUUCAGCUAUUAUGUAGCAGGCUUUACUCGCAUGCCAGGUUCAUAUCCAGCACAACAUGCCACAGAACAUAGUGCAAAGAAGGUUGGUGGAGCACCACCAAUAACUCCAGCUGAAAUCCGAGAAGCUUUGAGACGUUACUGGUCACCUCAAUUGUCACCUUGGAGCCCAUUUACUCGCUCCCUGUCAUCAAACAUGCAUACAAAGUUAUUAAUGUGUUGAACAGUUAGUAAAUGGACAUUUCACUCUUGUAGUUUAACAGUAACUACUGCUAAACUGCUAGGUGCUUUCUGUUGAAAGCAUUUUUUUUUUUUUUUUUGUGGAAUCUCAUACUAUUUUUGUUAGUUAUCUUAUUAAUGUACAAUUUUGAACACAAUUUUAGAGGUAAACAUCUUUUCCAUCUUUCACUGCCUCAAAUCUUGUGCUACUUUGUGAGAGAAAGGAACGGUAUUUAUGAAUUUUUUACAUUGUAAAGAACAAACUUUUCAGAGAGAGAGAUGACAUUAAAUAUUUGAGGAAGAAGAAAUGAAGCACAUUUAAACUAAAGUACUUCAGAAAACCAUUUCUGGCACUGUGGAGAAACCAUGUAGAACAGGUGUUUGCAUGGUUUUGCCUUUUUUGGCCUUGACAAAAACCUACCAAAAUAUAACUGUUGUAAACCUACUUCAUUAUUUCUUACAAUGAAUUAUAAGUGUAAAUAUAUGUGUUCACAUAUGUAUGUAGACUAGAAUGCUGACAAAAAUCAAGCUAUUCAAAGAUGAAAACUUCUUAGGAAGUUAUGUCUGACAUGUUGCUAUCGUACGGUUGUGUUAAUAUUCAGUUUUUCUAAAUCCCCCUGGACUUUAAUUUAUCCAUUUGCAAUCAAACUUUUAAAAUAAAUCAUUUCUAAACCUAAAUUGAAAAUUUGAUUUAUUUUGUUUGCUGCCAUUCUCGUACUAACAAUUCCCAUUUAACUGGAAGUCAAAUGCAUCAUAGGUGUAGAUCACAAGUUUAGAGAAAAACUUUAAGAUUCAAAUUUCUUAAUAUUCCCAUUUUUAUCGUGGUCCUGAUGAUUACAGAUAUUGUAAUUGUUAUUGUACUGCAAUCAGUGCUAAGGUACUCUUGACUUAACAUUUAUUCCGAACUACUGAUCAAGGGAACACCUCAUUGAUAUUCUGAAUGAAGCUAAACAUGCAUAGAAUCAAAAGUUAUUAGUUGAGAUUGAAAUAUUAAUAAAGACAAAAAUGCGUGCAGUGUGAGGUAGUAUUUUUAUUUUUUAAAUUUAUUGCAUCUAUUUUGCAACAAGUUUCUUAGCUCUUUUGGGCAUUGAGCAAAGAUAGAUUUUGGAGUAACCCUCUGUUAACAGGCCUGCCACUUUCUGGAAAACAAUGAAAACUCGAAAAAACAGGGAAUUAAGAGACAUUUCCUUUACAAAAUAGUUCAGAAAAAAUAGUGACUAGUUUGUAUUGUUGAGAAAUUUUAAAAAAAAAAGUAUUACUGUAAAAUCAGAGAGCUGACAAAUUAGUAUCAAGCUUGUUCCAAUCUUUCAGAAAAUCUGAAAUACUUUACAAAUCUUACCAACGGAAAAAUUGAACUGGAAAACUGGGAAAAGUCAGAGAAUUGUUCCAGGAAAUGAGUGACCAUCCUGGUUAUGUUUUGUCUUGUAAUGUUGCAGUCAGUAAAAGCCUUUUGACCCUUUGGCCAGGGUUUCAGUGCUGUUAGUGGGUUCCCAGUCAGUCACCAAUCCAGGAAUCUGUGGUGUCUUGAGUUGCUUAACUUCACAGAGUGUAGUUAUGCAAUUCAACUAACGACAUCAGAUUGCAAGUGAAAGAUUGUGAAACAAAUUUCCAAGAGCUCUUGACUCUUCAUGAGUGGCCGAAGAAAAAUUAUUUGGGGAAAUUUGCCACCUUGAGAUUAGGGCAAAUAAGGCCUUAUAAAUUUUGCAGCUAAUGCACAGAAUGCAUUAUUUCAUGGAAAUUUUUCCACCGUCAUUCGAACAGGAAGAGCAGAGCACGAAGUGUGGUCUACAAACCAGUAGUCAGCUUAAAACCCUUGUUUUGUUUUUUUUGCAUAUUGUGUUUUAAUUAAAUUUCAAUCAAAUAUAACGUGUACAUCAAUAAUAUGUCUUCAAAAAUGUGUAUUAUUUCUCCAAUUCUUAAAUUCAAAUCAGAAAUUGUAUGUUUGACAACUUUGCCCAAGAAGAGAAAAUGUAUUACAUUGAAUACUUCAAUGUGUAACUUUCACCCGUUGUAAUCAUUUAACCCUAGAAAUUUCAUGAUCUCAGUCUUUUGCACCUCUUCCCUACUUAUGAUUACAUUAAAAAAAUAUUUGAUGAAAUC